AAAUACUAAUAUCACAAAUGAUGAUAUAAUUCAUAAUCGAGACAAUUUGAAAGCUUUAUAUAAAUCGUUCGUGAACCUAAAAAAGCCGAACACCACUAAAAUUAAGAUCGGUCCAUUUAAGUAAAUAAAUAUAAAUUAGAGUUUAAGCUCAUUUAAUUACUAGCAAACGAGAUCAAGUCGAGAGCCCUACUUUAUGUCUUUUAUUUUAAUACGGGUCUAAUGUAUAAUUAAAUUAUCGAUCUUCACAUAAUUAAAGAUGUGGCUGAGAAAGGUUUAGUCUAAUAGAGAAAAUAUAUAUUGUGGGAAGAAGAAAAAGCUAAUAAACCUAAUUAGCUAAGCCUAAAUUAUCUCCACUGAUUGGUACUCCUUUAUGCAUUGGUGUCACAAUUCUGAUGAACAAUUUGCUUCUGUAUUAUAUAAAUUCAAGAAAACUAAACAUAAGAAACUGAUCAAACAUAAAAAUGAUUCAGAUAUCAAGAAUUGCAGUGAUCAUAAUAAUUGUGUUCAUCUUCACCAAAUUUGAUGGCACAACAUCAUUAAGCUUGUGUAAGAUUAGUGGUCAUGGCCUUCUAGCAUGUAAACCAUCAGCAACCCGGACCAACACGGUCGACCCACCGCCCCAGGAAUGCUGCCAAGCUCUUACAGGGGCUAACCUGACAUGCUUGUGUUCUUUCAGGGAUUCCCAAAUGAUGGAUUAUAUAGGGUUUGAUUCCAAUCUCGCAUUGGGAUUACCUGCCAAAUGUAACCUUAAGCUUCCGUCGGAUUGUAGACUCACUCCUCGUGUUGAUUUUACGAGCUCUAGAUCGUUGGAUUUGUGUAAUAUGAGCGAUAAGGGUUUGUUUGCUUGUAAGUUAUCCGAGCUCAAGCCCGUUCCUCUCCAUCCGCCGUUAUCGGAAUGCUGCCAGGCGAUUGGAGAAAGUAAUGUAACAUGUUUAUCUACGUACGGGAAGUCGCCAGAGUUGUUGAUUGAUCUUCUUGGAAUUGAUCCUGAACUUGCAAUGAAUUUGCCUUCCAAGUGCAACAUAAGCACCAAUUCUUAAUCAAGAUCACUUCUGAAAAAGGGAUUUGUAGGGAGGAGUUCAACGCAAAGACGCUGAAGGGAGAGAUGCUUUAGAAGUUACAAGUGUUCGCAUCUUCGAUUAGAAUAAAUUGUAUUGCUCAAUUAAUUACAAAAUCUCAUCUUAUAGUAUUUCUUAAAAAGCUCAAUUCAAAGAAAUGUCUACCAAAUUAACCACUUUACGAAGGUAGUGUGUAUGGUAUGAAUAAUUAAAUUUCAUUUACAGAUUAAUGCACUUGUAAGUGGUAUAUUCCAAAGAUGUCCUAUAUAAAUUAAAAUAGCAUUGAAAUA